CCAAGAGGACUGCUCACCAGACAGUACUUCACUCUGGUGGGCUUGCCACUGAAGCUUCCUGACCAGCUCACAAUUUGCCUGCCUGUCCUUCAACAUGGUCUUCUUACGCCUCCAUGUCAAGGUGUUUCCCCGCGACCGCGAAGAUGCCAGCUGCGACAAUAACAACCCCGCCGUUAGGAAACCAGCCACCUGUUUCUUGAUCGUGCUCGGAAAGCCGGAGGGGAUCACUCUGGGUGGAUUGGCGGGCAUAAUUCAGGAUAAAUGGAGAAUGCUCAGACCUCAUGCAGACCCUCUGGAAAUUAAGAAGCUUGUCGAUGAUGCCUAUGAAUAUGUCGACCUCGAUACUGAGAUGACCGUCGCGGAAGUUUUUGUGGAUAAUGGUAAGGCGUUGCAGGAAGGUUCCGACCAGCGAGCCACUGUCCGAGUUAUUCAGAAACCAUGGCAGUAUGCUCCCGUACGAUUCCCCUCUGUCGUCCAAGAUUGGAACGCCGCCGCCCAAAGCUUCGAGCCUCAGAUACAGAUCAAAAAGGAGACGGUCAAAGCUGCCAAGCGCCAGAUUCCCGCGGUCAAUGAGGGAAAAAAUGAAGUUGCGAGUUUUGGGACACCUGACAGGCGCUUAUCGAACUUGGAUAUUCCUGUCUCCUCGGUUGAAAGAGAUGGAAUUCCUGGAUCUCCUUCAGCCUGGAAGAAGCAGGCGUUUGUCCACGGGGAAAGCUCUCGGGAUCAAUCAGAAAGUGCCAUCACUACCACACCUCUGCAUAAGCGCAUGGAAAGCCAGGAAUUGGGCGAUUCUCCCUCACCUUCCCACACUCCCGCACCUAGAGCGCAACAAUCGCCUGCUAAGCAUAAAGGCUCCACAAGACGAUCGAUUACCAAAGAAGUGACAGCAUCUCCAGUCGCUCCAUCGCAGGAACAGCAAUGCAAUGAUGCGUCUCUGUCACCGUUGCAUUUUCGUCAACUAGGCCAUGAAAUACAAAUGUCGGUGUACGGUGAUGAAGAUAGUAGGGUUAGUGCGGAUGAUAGGAUUGAAGAUGAGCAUCAUGCAAAACCUCGACUGGGAGGAAAGGAUCGAUCCCAGGACCCCGAUGUUGUCGCAAUUAGUCCAAGUCUGGCAUCUAUGGAAGGAAACACAUCGAACAAUACCAUAAUCGGUGCAGCAAAGCCGGACAACGGUGUAUCACGCAAAAGAAGGCUAAGCAAGCAAGAUUUCGAGCCUAGCAAAGAACCUCGAUUAGAUGUGCCCCAAAAUACUGUUGAUAGCGGCAAGAAUGUCGUUAUAACGCCUGCGGUAAGUCCGCACACUCCGCGCAAAUGUGCAGGACUCCCACUGUUCCCCGGCUGUGGUCGUCGCUUGAGCUUUUCUGGACGGGCGCCGUCAAAGCCCCCUAAGCCUGGCCUGGGACUAGGAAUUACGAAGAGCCCUUCUAACAAACCGCCUGUGUUGCUUGAUCUAUCCCAGGAAUCUGCCGUACCUGCGCAACCCGUGGUACAAGCUCCCAGUUUUACCCCAGAGGUUCCCAGCAGUGAGACUGCCAUCCAAGGCGCACUAUCCCUGCCACAGAAAAGCAUCACGCCGUCGAAGUCCCAAACACCCCUCAAGGGUUUACACUCGGCUCUGCGCAAGGAUUCCCCCGCUGAAGGACUAUGUGAACGUCGAUCUGUGUCAUUCGCUGAUGAAGAAGAAGUUAUGUUUACAAGUAGUAAUGCAGUGAAAAAGCCUGCUCCUCUGAAGCCUGGAGCCAAGGCGCCGAGCACCAAGAGAAGAUCUUCCGGUCCUAGUUCUUUGGGGGUUCCUUCCGACGUACCCCAGGACAAGCUAAAACAGGAUCGGGAAGAAGCAAGGAAGGACAUCAGGCACAACAGGGAGUUGUUCACAGAGGAUUUAAAGCAGAAGAUCAAAACAGCACAAGAUCAAAAGGCAGACCAUCGGUACAUCCAGAAACUGCAGCGUAUAUCGGACACGUUGAACUCCUUUAAGGAGGAUGAAAACGAUCACCGAACGUCAACGAGAACGGAGACUCUACGGAAGAAAGUUGAAAAGAUUCAGGCCUCUAUGAAACCAAAGCCUACCCUCGUCUCAGCAUCUCAAAAGUCCAAGCCAACCACUAGCUCGCAAGAAUUGAAAGGUCAUACGCCAUGCUCCCAUCCGAAUAGCAUCUCUCGGAAAACUACAGCUUCGAUAAAUAAGAAAGCCACUCCUGGUCCUCGGCGGGCCCAGACGUCAUCCCAUCAGGAAAUAGUGGAGCUGUCCUCGGGCUCUGAAGGGGAAAGUUACGGCUCAAUCAAGCCCGGCCUCCUGCGGUGCGAUAACACGUCCUCACUUCCCCCUGCAUCGCAACCAGUGCCGACGCAAUCCUGGACGGGGUCGUGGACGCACCCGUCACGCAAGACCGGGAGUCGCCAUCCUACGCUGAAGUCGCUGAGGCAUGAUCAGAUGAAAGAGAUCGAAGCAAAGGCUCAGGCUAGCUGUGUAGUAAAUACAAUAUCUCGAAAGACAGAUACAAUACCGCCACUUUUGGAGAGUUCCGAAGAGAGCAGUGGCAGCAGUGAUAGUGACAGUGACAGUGACAGUGAUUAA